AAAAUCAGAAUCCUUCUCUUCAAGCAAAAACCCCCGAAACCUAAAACAGUGAACAAAGCGGAAAGAUGAUGAACACUAACACCGUCGCCGGCGGCAGUGGUGGUGGUGGCGGAGACGGCAGAGGAAAAGAACGACAACUUAUACGUACAAUAACCACAAUACUAACCAAAAACGAAAACCCACAGAAUCUUCAACAAUUCAUCCCACACUUAACACUCCCAAUCAUAAUCUCAAUUCUUUCAUACAAACCUCUUCACUCUCAACCAGAAACCCUACUUUCCUUCUUCAAAUGGUUUCAAUCCAACGCACAUUCCUCUCUCAUUCAUUCCCCUAAACCCCUUCUCACUCUCCUCCCUCCUCUCCUCUCUCGUCGCAAAUUCUCCGACGCUAAAUCCCUCCUCCUCAAUUUCAUCUCCUCCGAUCACCCCCAUCAUUCUCUUCAUGCCCAUCUCCUUCGCUCCGAUCACACCAUUCCUAAACCCUUACUUGACACUUCACUUGCUGCUUAUGUCAUCUCCAAACAACCUCACCUCGGUCAUCAGAUUUUUAAUAAAAUGAAACGCCUUCGUUUUCGACCCAAUUUGCUUACUUGUAAUACUCUUCUCAAUGCUCUUGUUAGGUCUAAUUCCUCUCACUCUUUGGUUUUUUCAAGAGAGGUUUUUCAAGAUGCUGUUAAGCUUGGUGUUCAACCUAAUGUUAAUACUUUUAAUAUUUUGAUUCAUGGUUAUUGUUCUGAUAAUAAUACCGAAGAAGCCCUUCGGUUGAUUAAUCAAAUGGGGGAAUAUGGUUGUUGUCCUGAUAAUGUUACUUAUAAUACUGUUUUAACUGCUUUGUGUAAGAGAAGUCAGUUGACUCAAGUUAGGGAUUUGUUGCUUCAAAUGAAGAAUAGUGGUCUUUUUCCUAAUAGGAAUACUUAUAAUAUUUUGGUUCAUGGGUAUUGUAAGCUGAAAUGGUUGAAAGAAGCUGCUGAGGUUAUUGAGUUGAUGACUGGGAAGGGUAUGUUGCCGGAUGUUUGGACUUAUAAUACAAUGGUUAGGGGUUUGUGUGAUGAGGGUAAGAUUGAUGAGGCGGUUAGGCUUAGAGAUAAGAUGGAGAGUUUCAAAUUGGUUCCGGAUGUUGUUACUUAUAAUACUUUGAUUGAUGGUUGUUUUGAGCAUAGGGGUAGUGAUGCGGCGUUUAAGUUGGUGGAGGAAAUGAAGGCUAGGGGAGUUAAGGAGAAUGGUGUGACACAUAAUAUAAUGAUUAAGUGGUUCUGUACGGAAGGUAAGAUUGAUGAGGCGAGCAAUGUAAUGGUGAAGAUGGUGGAAAGUGGGUUUUCUCCAGAUUGUUUUACUUAUAACACGAUGAUUAAUGGUUAUUGUAAAGCUGGAAAGAUGGCAGAGGCUUAUAAGAUGAUGGAUGAAAUGGGAAGGAAAGGAUUGAAAUUAGACACUUUUACUCUUAACACCUUACUGCACACUAUGUGCUUGGAGAAGCAGCUAGACGAUGCUUACACCUUGACUAUGAAGGCUAGGAAGCGAGGUUAUAUUCUUGAUGAGGUAACCUAUGGAACUCUAAUCAUGGGGUAUUUCAAGGAUGAACAAGCAGAUAGGGCAUUGAAGCUUUGGGAGGAGAUGAAGGAGACGGGAAUUGUUGCCACUAUUAUCACUUAUAACACUAUAAUCAGGGGGUUGUGUCUGUCUGGGAAAACUGAUCAAGCUGUAGACAAAUUAAACGAGCUUUUAGAGAAGGGUUUGGUCCCCGAUGAAUCUACUAGUAACAUAAUUAUUCAUGGCUAUUGCUGGGAGGGAGCGGUAGAGAAAGCAUUCCAGUUCCAUAACAAAAUGGUAGAGCACUCAUUGAAACCAGAUAUUUUCACAUGUAAUAUUCUUCUUCGAGGUCUUUGCAGAGAGGGAAUGCUGGAGAAAGGUCUAACACUAUUUAACACAUGGAUCUCUAAAGGGAAGCCCAUGGACACAGUUACCUACAACAUAAUAAUAUCCUCUUUUUGCAAAGAAAGAAGACUUGAGGAUGCUUUUGACCUUAUGACUGAAAUGGAGGGGAAAAAUUUGGAGCCUGACCGGUAUACCUAUAAUGCUAUUGUGACUGGGCUUACCAAAGCUGGUAGAACUGAGGAAGCAGAGAAACUGGCGUUGAAAUUUGCAGAGAAAGGGCAACAGGUGAAAACUCAAGACACCUCUCCAGAGCUUGGUACAAGUGAUAUGAUGUACUCAGAGCAAAUAAGUAGUUUGUGUACUCAGGGAAAGUACAAGGAUGCAAUGAAAUUGUUUCAACAGGCAGAGCAGAAAGGAGUUAGUUUAAAUAAAUAUACGUAUAUCAAGUUAAUGGAUGGACUUUUGAAGAGGCGGAAAAGCAUAUCAAAGGCUGUUAGAUAAAAAUGACACCAUAAACUGUCUAGGUAUGUAUUUUGGCAUUUGGAUUUAUGUUGUCCAUAAUGCUGUAUCAUGUUGUGAAGACAAUGAUGUCAUGCAAGUUUUUUUCGUUUUCCAACAUAUGUAUACUCUAUUUGUCCCAUUUAAAUAAGGACCUGUUUUGUGAGUGUAAAAGGGUGCUUAUAUAAAGGGAUAGAGAGAGUGGUUAGUUUUUUUCAACUAUGAUGACUAUUUAGCAUUUUGACUUCGUAUGUAUUUUAUAACCGAACUUUUAAAUCAUACAUUUAUACUGCACGUAUAGCAGAACUGCACUAAUAUCUUUAAAUAACCGAACUUUUAAAACCGAUUUGCGAAUCGAGCAGGGUUAAUUACAAGUCAUAACGUUUCACUACCCUGAAUUCCAUUCCAAUACAAUAUGUUGAAUACUUGAACCCUAACUGCUCACUGGCAGUUUAUUAGUCUCAUCUCAACACUUGAUGCAGCAGUAACUGUUCAAAUAUUAGUUUCACUACCCUGAAUGCGAGGUGAGGGUUUGUCAUAUAUUUUUUUGUUAUUGAAUUUUUAAAAGAAGUAUUAGAAUUCACGCAUAGUCACAAAAUUCAGUCAAAAUCCCCCCUGCAAACCGCAGAUUGGGGCGUCCGUACCUGUUCGUUUGCCUGCAACAAUUUUUAGCAUCUGUUUUCGGCAUAGAGCGGAUGUUUUUGUUGGUGGUGGGUAUGUUUCUUCUACGAUUAGAAGGGUAAUGGUAGUGUUCUCAAGAUAAGGACAAUAGGCUGUUUUCCAAGAGCAAGGUGUAUUUAUUAGAAGGGCCGUGGUAGUUUGCUCGUGGCUUUUAGGAUUGUUUAAGUUGCUUUAUAUGCUGUUGUAUAAAUUUUGAGUUACAUUUUCCUGGUUAUUGUUUUAGGUUUGUUUAAGUUGUUGUCUAAGUGUGCUCAUGGUUUUGACUUUUGAGUUACAUUUUAAGUUGCUUUUCAGUUACAUCUAUCGUUAGUUUGUGUGCACGCUAUAUAACAUUUUCCUGGUGAUCCAUUGUCUAAAUUUUGAGUAAAUUUUUUUCUAUAGCCAAAACAAAAAAGAUCUUAAUAAUUUAAGCAUGUAUUCCUUAAUUAUCCCUUCUUCCAACCUCUAUCAAUGUGGAUUUUAUAACUUUUCCUUGUGAAAAAUGUGGCAAUGCCAUCUCCAACCUUAAUCAUCAUUUUCUGUCAAACUUUCAUGUAAUUUUGCUAGAUAGUGCAACAAGUACACAACUUAGUAGAAGAUAAUUAAUUCCAUUUAGCAUUCUUAUGUAUUUCGAUUUGUAGCAACUUACAGUAGUUUAGUAACUUCGAGGCAAAAUUAACCAUGUAACUGAAAAGUAAUAAGGUUGCUUGUUGUUAAUAGAUAUAGUUUUUCACUCUGGUUUAUUUCCUAUGACUCUUUUUCUGGUUUUUAAUUUAAAUAUUAUGGUUAUAUAAUAUAUUGUGUUCCAUUCCUUUGCUUCAAAUUGCUCUUUGUGGAGGUCCAUUGUCUAUCAAAUCUCACAUAUCAAAGUAUUACAUUUAUUGAAUUCUUUUGCUUUUAUUGAAAUUAAAUUUUUGUGACAAUAGAAGGGUGGAUGAAGAGAUGUAUAAAAUGAGAAACAGAGAGAAAGAAACAGUAAUGUAAGGAUGCAACAAAAAAGAAAGAAACAGUGAAGGAAUGUAAGGACGAGACAGGGUGUGGUGAAUUUGAUAAGUAAAAAGUACACCAGUCAUGCUGAUGUUCCUUUUAGAGGAGCAUUCAAGUGAGGUUCUGAGUCUUUGCACAGCGAGAAAAUGAGAUGAAUCAAGAUACUGAUUGUGGUUGUAUGAGUUAUCAUUACCUUAAUAUCAUUAACAUUUUUUUGUGUUGUUUUCUAAACAGAAUUAAUCAGAUACUACACUUAACUUGGACAAACGGUACUUUACUCUGUUCACUUAGUGAAGCACCACUAGCUGUUGUGAGAGAUUGUAUUUGUUUCCACUUCUCGACAGUGUGGUAAUAGCCUCUGAUUAAGAGCUGUUUGUGUUGUGCAUUUAUUCUAUUAUUUAGAGGAGGAUGCAAAAUUCAGCUUUUGAAUCUGAACACUUAACUCAAACUGUAUGCUUUAUUUGCAUUUUCUCUUGUAUUGUAGUGAUUUAUAUAUUUCAUUAUGAGUUAUAUGAGUGAUACAUACUUAUUAUCUUUUAAGUUACAUUUUCAUUUUAUCUUCUAUUGUAGUGAUUUGUAUAUUGCAUUACGAGUUAUGAGUGAUACAUACUUAUUAUCUUUUAAGUUACAUGUUGACUAAAAAUAACUUUUAAUAUGUUUAGGCUUCACAACUACUUCCUUGUUGCCCUUCAUGGUCAGCGCCACCAUUCAAUUCUUUGACCGUAAUCCUAUGAGUUUUAUGGUGUUUUGGAUUCGAGCUGGAAAUUGAAGUGCCUGAAGGGGUAUUAAGGUGUCUAUAUAAGCUCAGUCUCUAUUCUUGUUGCUGAAUAUGAGGUUUGCUUACUUCUUUUGAGAAUGUAAAGUCUUCACCUUUGUUUGCUAUUCAUUUUUCUCUUCAUUCCCAAAGGGAACAAAGUUCAUUAUGGACUUCUCAUAAUAAAAGGGUCAUUUUGAAAAGCUCUUGUUCUGCUAGAGCUGCUUCUGUUGGAGAAGAAGUCAAGCAAUUCUGAUCGAAGGUCAUCUCAAAUUGGGAUGACAUUUUAGAUAUAUGUGCUAAAGAGAGCAAGUGGAAUUAAAGCAAAACAUGCAUUGGAUGCGGACGAUGUCUUGAGCAAAGAAGAAAAUCUAGAGGAAGGUUACAAUGUGCAUAUUUAUGUAGAGGAACCUAGUUCUGCAACAAAGAAAGAAAAAGAAAAAUUCAAUUUGCUCGUGUGUGUGAAAUUCAAUGUGCAUUGGAUCCCAGUAUUACUGGCCCUGUGUAUUUAUGUGUGUGAAAUUCUGAUGUGAUUUUAUUGCUGCUAUGAUGAUUUGGUUAACCACAUAGUUUUAGAGGAUUCUAUACAUUUGCAUAGAGUAUAUCAGUAACUACUUUGUAGGACUUCCCACACUUCAGUCAUAUGUUAAAAUAACUUUUAUGAAGGUUUGUGGCAAAAAACUCUAUAAUAUGGGGUGUGAUAUAGCGUUGUUUUCCCUUCAAGGCACUAUGAUCAA